UUCGUUUCAAGCAUUGACUCAUUAAACUACUUCUGACUUGGAAAGUAACAGUACCUUGUCAGCCAUCACCGAGUUCACCCCAGCGGCGUCCAGCUCGAUUGGGUUGAACACUGAGGGCAGGACCGAGUGGAUGCAGGUUUGAACAGUUACCGGUAGAUCUAAUAUCCCCCUCGUCUUGCCUCGGAGCGCAAUAAUAUAUCGUUACUAUCCUAAUGGACAUAAACGCGCUUCUCGACCGCAUCCACAACUUCAUCAUACCGUUAGUGCGAGGGAGGGACCACGUCUGUGAUUGCACCUGCGGAAGGCAUCAAGCCUAUCAUGUCAUUCCAUAUAAUGGGGCUGAGGAGAUGGUGGAUUCCAGAGAAAACGACUUUGUAAGUGACAUCAUGACCCAGCAGGAGAUGGACGUGAUAAGUGGACUGCUGUUGGGCCUCUGCAUCGGCUGGUUCUUGUUGUGGCUGGAUGGUGUUUGGCACUCGGGGCUCAUAUACUGGAGGGCAAACCGAAUGAACGGCAGGUACUUCCAAAACACAAAGGACUCCAGGGGGGAUAUAGUGCACCAUGAUGUUAAUGACACUUAAAACAUAAAAUGUGCAUUAAAUUCAACAGUUGCUGUGUGCUGUUU